AACUUGGGAAAUUCAAAACAACUUAACCCUAUUUUUGUAUAUUCAAAUAAAAUAUGAAAAACAUUCUAGAAAGUUGGCUUGUCCAUCCAAGUUCCAAUGGUGCGGAUAAUCAUGAAGGAAUUAGCAAUUUAAUUUAUUUAGCUGGAAUUAUUCAAAAUCAUUUAGAUCCCUUGGAAUUAGAAGUUGCUUCGAAACUAUGUUCUUCUAUUUAUAUAGAUUUAUUCAAAAAUGAUUUUACUGUUUUAAAGACACUGCUAACCAGCAAGCAUCUAAAGAUAAAUUCAUAUACAUGUAAUAUCCGAAAACAGUCAUUGUGGAGAGCAAUAUGGUUAAAUGGGCUAAAAAAUUUUCAAAUACUAUCUUCAAAGUCAGUUAAUCGGGAAGUUAGUGAAUAUUUAGAGAUAUUAUUAUGGUUUAUUCAAUUUAUUUUGGAUAAUAUUGAUAUCACUGACUUGAAUUCUUUAUACUUAUUGAGGACAUUGCAUUUAAUUCUUAACAGAACUGAUUGUUUAUCAUCCCCGAUUAGUUUACAAAUAAUUAACUGUAUGAGUAGAGUUGCAAUUUCUCCCUUAAUUGGAUUUAGACAGCUAGCUGAAAAUAUUUCUACAAUUGCUAUGAGAUAUGUGGAACCUACAAAAUUAAAUAUAAUCUGUGAUAUUAGUUUAUUACCUAUCAGAGGAAUUAAAACAGAAGAUGUAGUAGAAUUGCUUACAGACGAUUUUGUGAAAUGGAAUACAAAAAAUAUUAUUCAAAAGGUUUUACUGAUGUUUUCAACUAACAUAGAAAGUAAAGAUGGUGGUUUUUUGUAUGAGAAGCUUUUGAUAUGUACUUUUGAGGAAUGGAUAACAGAUGUUUGGCCCCUUUUAUUUCCAAAAUUGCAAAAAAUUGAGUCUGAAGGCGAAUUUUUUCAGAGUCUGAGAAAAUAUUGGAUACCUUUAACUGUUGAUGCAUAUAAAACUGAUUUUUAUGCGUUUAUGAAAGAGGAACCUAUAGAUUUGCAGUUAAAAUUGUAUAUAACAUUGGAAUCAAAGAAGAAAGGUUACUUAUGCGAAGAUGAAAAUUAUACGUUUAAUCAGGAUACGCUCGACAUUGUGUUAAAGAUAGUUUCUGCAUAUAGAAAAAAAUCUAUACGCCCUCAAUCUUGUGAUAUAAACCUUUUAAUGAACCUUUUAUAUAGUAAUUUAAAAAUAUAUCUCGAAGAUGAUGAGGUGGAAAGCAUUAAAAAAUUUUUCUCACAUAUUGUUUUCUACGCUCACAGUUCUUUAAAAAAGAAUGAUGAAGAGUUUUGUUUUUUCCAAGAUUUUAUUCAGAGAGUACAUAAAUACUGUUGUGAAUGUUUUAAAACUGAUUUUUUUCAAGUAGGAGCUCAAAUUCUGCACCUUCUAUUGACUGCAUUAAAGGGUUCCCAUAAGGAUUUAAAAUUGAACUACAAGUUAGAAAGGAGAGAUUACUAUGAAAAUGGGGAAAACUUGCUCUUUGUUGAGCUGAAAAAUAAGAAACUAUGGAAGUUUGAUCUAGAAAUGUUUCUUGUUGUUCAUUCUUGUUUCUUAUCUACAGAAUGUUGGAGCUUGAUACUAACGGACCUUCUUAAUAAACAUUACAAUAAUUUUCCUGUUAUGGACGUGAAAACUCUAACUAACGUUCUAAAUAAAGUUGAAAAUUUUCCCAAUUUACAAAACACAGAAAAAAUUAUUAACUGCUCUAAUUUACUUUUCGGACAAAUCAAAUCAAAUGAGAUGAUACAGUUCGUAGAAAAUAUAAGAAAUGUUCUGCUUCAAACACUUAGUACCGAAAAUAUAAAUGAAAAGAAAUUAUUUAAAAGUGUUUUAUAUCUGGAGAUACUUACGUUUGCCAAACGAAGAGAAUUGAAUAUUAAAAAUAUUCAAGAAAUUGCCGUGAAGAGUUUACAAUUGAUAAAUUAUAUCUUGGACAAUGAAUAUAUACGUAAUCUUGAUUACAGAAGUACGAAGGUUGCGGAAACUUUCAUAACUCGUGUUAUGUUUUUCAUAAUACCAAAUCUAAAUGAGGUAUGGCCAUUGAUAGACAAACCAUUUACUGUUACAACUGUAAUCAAAAUUAUCCAAAAAAGCAAUAUGAAGAAACCGGUUUCCGUUAGCGCAGAUAUGUUGAGGCAGAUUGGAUAUCAAAUGGAAGAAAAUGAAAACGAUAAACUCUUAAAAGUAGAUUUAUUGGAAAAAACUUUAAAUGCAAUAAACGAAGUAGUAGAUACUAAUGUGUUGAAAAUUAGACGAUCCCCUGAAAGUCGAUUGGUUAUACAUGCAAUGUGUAUUUCUCAGAAAGAUUCAAACAAGCCUUUACUUCAUUGGACGAUGAAUCACUUGCUUAAUGUUUUAUCUAAUCCUGAAACAGAAGAUCUGUCUCUAGCAUCUAGUCUUCAUACUAUCGAAUUACUUAUUUCUGAUAACAGACUACAAUAUCAGACUCUGCAGUAUAUUCCAGUUAUUAUUAUAAAAUGCAUUGAGUUAUUUAAAUGUUCAAACUGGGUGGUAAGAAAUGCUGAUCUACAGUUGUCAAAAUCACUGAUAGAAAGAAUAUAUGGAGUAUCAAUGAACAAUGUUUGCAGGCCAAAAAGCAUCGCAGAUAUGUUUAUAUUGUAUCCUCAUCUAGCUACAUACUUCUUCAAGAUCAUUUCAGCUGAACCUUUAGACGAAAGAUCUGUAAUCGCUUUACAAUUUUUUUCUGAAUCGCAAAUAAAAGAAACGGCCUUUGGGGAUAGUAUUCUAGAGAUUGUGGAAUGUUUUCAAGUAUUUUUGGUGCAUAUCAUAAAAUCAUACCAAAAUCAUUACGGAAAGUUAGCAGUCAAAGCCUUAGUAUCUCUUUGUUUGGCUAGAGAUAUCCCAAAUAUAUUUUUAGAUAUUGAAAGUUACAUAUUAACUAAUUUUAUGGCAAUACCGAAAAACAUUCUUGCUAAUAUAUAUCUCUUGAUGCAAGAUUUGUAUGAGAAAUAUAAAAUGUCAUACCAACAUUACAGUAGUACCAAAGGUAUUGCAAAAAUUCAUUGUAGUUGGAACAAUAUCGUAACAUUCUUAAGACAAGUUGAUUCAAACAUCUACGACUUUUUGUUAAUGAAAAUUAAACCUAUGAAAACUAUAUUGAAGGAGGAAAACUUUGAAAAUAGUUUGUGGAUUCAUAAUAAUUUACCAUUUUUGAUGUUAAACGCCAAUUCUAUAAUUAUUUGCGAACUUAUCGAAAAUAAACAGUUUCAUCAACUUCCAGAGUUUUUCCAAAUCAAAAUGUUAAGUAUCUUGGUACAAAGAUUCGAACAAAAUCACUUCACUAAUGAUGAUUUAGCUUGUAUAACAAACUCGAUAUUAAAAAGAUCUCUUUCAACCAACUAUAGUGAACAUUUAUCAAUGUCUUUCUUUAAUUUUUUGUUGAUUCUCCACAAAAAUAUAGCAAUAAAGUUCAAACAUCAAGUUUGUUUCUCAAAACACGUAUAUAAAAAUAUGCUCAAUCUUUUAUAUGUUUCAAAUACUGUUUUGGAUUUACCAGUUUCCUAUUUUGAAUCAAUUAUACAGAAUUUUAAAAACAAUAUUUCAAUAAAUGAUGAAAUUCAUAAAGACAUAUUAUCUAUUCUAAACAUAACUUAUACUAAAUUUCCUAAAGAAUGUCGGUUGGAUAUCUGCAAAAUAGUGUUUUAUUUGUCGCUUUUAAAGUCGUCUUAUAUUGAAUCUCUGAAUUUAAUAUGUACCAUAGUGAACAGAAAAUAUUUUAGCAUUUUGGAUGCACUCAAUGAUUUUUUAUCAAUAAAUACUCUCUUAGAAAUAUUAGAGAAUAAAACCAUUGUACAUACGUUUCUUAAAUAUAUUAGUAUGAUUUUAGAUAGAAACGAGCAAUUGACAUAUGACGAGGAGUUUUAUAAUGUAGAAAGUGAAGUCUUAGUCCCAAAAAAAUUUGUUAAAACAAUAUUGAAAUAUAAUUGUUGUUGCUAUAAAACAAUUAAUAAAAAUGUCUAA